AUGAUAGACCUUAUUGCUGAGAUAUCAGAGCUUAGUAUCAAUGAUGCUCAGUACACAGAUCAACAAAAAAUCGAUUCCAUUGAGCAUCACUUGAUGACGAUCGAGCAGGACACCACGUUUCUCGGCGAAAAUAAUUCGGCGGAGGAGGUAGAACAUGGGAGCAAGAUAUCUCAGCUUUACCGACUAGCAGGGCUGGUAUACUUCGAACGGGCUUUGAAGAAAUCUUUCAACAGUGGCAGGCUGGCGAGAUGGAUUACGGAAGCCUUCGAGAUUAUCGAAAGGCUGGAAAUCUGCGAGCGGCCGUUCCCACUAUUCUUCAUCGCAUGCGAAGCGCACACGGAUACCCAGCGAGAAAUGAUUCUCUCUUUGUUCGAAAAGACCCAAAAAAUAUCAAGCCAACGCAGGCUUCAUUCUGUCCAAGGCAUGGUUGAGUCAGUAUGGAUACAAAGAGACUUAUCGUCAGACGAGAAAGGGAUGGAAUAUAUUGAUAUGCUGGAUGCUGUCAUGUCUUCUCAUGAUCAAAUGCCGACAUUAGCAUAA